AUGUCUCCGCGUACCUCUGAAAGGAUUCUUGCCUUAGGCGUGCGCCGCCUCCGAAUACGUUCAUCCUCAACUGCCUCUUCCUCUUGCAAUGGAGUAGUGGAAUUUUCGACAUGUGGUGGGGCUGGAGGUCCCUCAUACCGACCCCUCGCUGCCAUGGCAAUGAUAGCAAAUAUCCAGGCUGUCGCAUUUACUGAUUCCCGGCGGUCAGUUUUUCAAAACAAAAAGACACUCCCUUCACCUCAUGGGAGGAACAUCACACCCGAUGCCGCAGAAACAAAGGGCCGCGCUUUAUUUAGUGAUAGCAACUCGGAGUGCUUCCCCGCAGAUUUGGAUCCACCGAGUGCAUCACAAUUGGAUCGCAUUUUGCCCUCGCUCAAUCAGUUAAGGGAUGAAAUUCCUUCAUCAGAGUAUGUCGAAGAACUGGUCCGUCGCCAAGGGGUAAGCACAGAUCUUUGGAGCAACGGGGAGAAGAACAACUCUGCUGAUGACGAUGACGAAUAA